AUGGUCUGUUCCGCUGCCUCCGUGGUACUCCUGGCCAUGACUCUCCCCCUGGUGAGGUCACCAGUUGCUCAAGCAUCUCAACCUGCACAGAGUCAGGCUGGAGGGGAAUCGGGGCAGCAAUUGGACCAAAGGAGUGGAGAAGGGGAAUCCGUCCUGGCCUCGGUCUAUGUACAGCUGGACUUGCCAAAUCAAACCUGGCCACUGGCACUCUCCAGGACCCUGACUCACCCCCUUGCCUCGGCUUCUUCUUUCCCAAGAACUCUCACUGGCCUCAGCCUCACCGCAGAGUGUACCCUCCACGGCGAUGGGCAGACCUAUUGUGCUUGCCUGUCUGGGUGCCAGGGGAACACCAGCAUCUGCUCCCGUCACCCUCCCUGCGAGCCCGCCCACAGCCACACGGCCUGUGGCUGUCUGGUCCUCGGCCCCGCUGAAGCCGGCUCCUGCCAGUUGCUGCCACCUGGGGCGCCUGCCUUCUGCCUCCCCGCAGUCCCCGGAAGGCUGAGCCCGACCUCCUGGGUGCGGACGCCUGGCGCCACUCUGAAUCUGACCUUCAUCAAGAGCCGUGAGACCACCAACCCGAAAUGGUUCCUGCGGCCCGUGGGCAGUCCCACACCCAUCCUCCUGCAGCCAGGGACACAUGUGUCCCUGGCCUCUAGCCCAGGCCAGGCUGUCCUCAUCCCCAACAUCUCCCAUGGAUGGGCAGGUGAGUACACGGGCUGCUUUGAGGCUCAGGAAUUCAGAUGGGAGCUGUCCCAGGUGGUGAAGGUGCCCCUGCAGGCAACAGAUGUGGCUCGGCUUCCAGACCAGCUCUCCAUUUCCUGUGCCACCUGCCCUGGCUUCCAGCUGACCUGCUGCAUCCCCAGCACGCACCUGGCCUACACAGCUUCCUGGAGUCCCAGGGAGGGCAGCAAAGCCUCCUUAGUCAACAAGCCAGGCUCCCGGUGCUUUGUGCUGGCCGUUCAGCACUGCCCUGUGGCUGACACCACAUACACUUGUGAGCUGCAGAGCCCAGGACUGACCCCUCUCAGGGUCCCCAUCUCUGUCACCGUCAUCCAGGAUGGAGACACCACCUGCCCUGAGGACUUCUCAGCUGUUGCCUGGAAUGUCACCAAGGCUGGCCACGUGGCACAGGCCCCAUGUCCGGUGAACAAGACAGGCAUAGUAAAGCGGACCUGUGGGCCUAAUGAGAUUUGGGAGCCCAUUCACAGCAGCUGCACAGACACAGAGCUCCUGGCCUUGCAUCACAGAGCCCGGCUGCUACGGGCAGGCCAGGGCUGGCCUGCUGGGGAGGUGCCACAGAUCCUGGCACAGCUGUCGGAGCACGUGAUGGCGGUGAGCUCGCCCUCUGACUUAUUGGCACUGCUGGGCACCACAUCAUUCCUGGCCAAGGUGGUGGUGGAUGCUAGAAUACAGCUUACCUGCAGGGCCCUGGAGGCUCUCCUGAAAACCACAGACAAGGUCCUAGACAUGGACACCGGCUCUCUGUGGGCCCCACCCCAGGCCCAGAAGCCCUCAGCAGGCUCAGAUCUCCUGCUGGCUGUGGAGACCCUGGCACGCAGCCUAGGCCCACAGGAUCACCCCUUCUCCUUCAGCUUACAUAACGUGCAGCUGCAGACCCAGCUCCUUGGUCCUGCGUUUCCUGCUGACUACAGAGCCUCCUUCUCCACUCAGCCCCCAUUGCAGGCAUGCAUUCCUAGGCGCUCACUGGCCCCACUGGGCCAUAAUGGAACGAACUUCAGUGUUACUAGCAUGCUACUGCGGAAACUGGACCAUCUUCUGCCCUCAAACUAUGGCCAAGGGCUCGGGGACUCCUUCUAUGCCACUCCUGGGCUGGUCCUCUCUAUCUCCAUCAUGGCAGGUGGCCAGGCCUUCAACCAGGGAGAAGUCAUCAUGGACUUCGGGGACACAGCUAGCACUCCCCACUGUGUCUUCUGGGAUCACAAUCUCUUCCAGGGCAAGGGGGGUUGGUCAGAUGAAGGGUGCCAGGUGCAGACCGCUCACACCAGCCCCACUACUCAGUGUAUCGGUCGGCACCUCACUGCCUUCUCCAUCCUCAUGUCCCGAAAUACUCUUCCAGAAAACCCCACCCUGGAGCUGCUGAGUCAGGUGGGCUUGGGGGCCUCCAUCCUGGCCCUGCUUGUGUGCCUGGGCAUGUACAGGCUGGCGUGGAGUGUCGUGUCGAACAAAGUUGCCUACUUAUGCCACAUGGCCCUGCUCAACAUGGUGAUCUGCCUUUUGGCUGCGGACACCUGCUUCCUGGGAGCCCUACUGCUUCCUCUGGGAUCCCAAAGCCCACUCUGCCUGGCUGCUGCCUUCCUCUGUCACUUCCUCUACCUGCCCACCUUUUCCUGGAUGCUGGCUCAGGCCCUGAUGUUGGCGCACCAGCUGCUGUUCGUCUUCCAUCAGCUGUCCAAGUGCCGAGUACUCUCCCUGAUGGUGGUCCUUGGCUAUAUAUGCCCAAUGGGGUUUGCAGGUGCUGCCCUGGGCCUCUACCUACCCCGAGGGCAAUACCUGGGGGAGGGGGCAUGCUGGUUGAAUGGGAAGGGAGGGGCACUCUACACCUUCGUGGGGCGAGUGCUGGCUAUUGUGGGCAUGAAUGGGCUGGUACUAGCCAUGGCUGUGCUGAAGCUCCUGAGACCUUCGCUGUCAGAGGGGCCCCAGGUGGAGAAGCGCCAUGCCCUUCUGGGGGUGACCAAAGCCCUGCUCAUUCUCACCCCCAUCUUCGGCCUCACCUGGGGGCUGGGCCUGGCCACUGUGCUGGAGGAAGUCUCCAUAGUUCCUCACUACAUCUUCACGAUUCUCAACACCACCCAGGGUGUCUUCAUCCUACUGUUUGGUUGCCUCACAGACAAAAAGAUGCGAGAGGCUUUACUCAAACGCUUCUGCCGCACCCAACCCUCCAACUCCACCAUCUCCCUGGUGAGUUGCCGGCUUCAAAUCUUCAGUUCUCCCGCUGAGAGCAGGUUAGAAGCAGCUGUUCCACGGCCUUCCUAA